CUCCGAUUUGUUUGUCCAGUCGCAUUAAAAUCCGUACAUUUAUGGCACGCCGGAAUCGAAUCGGUGUAGACACAGUCAGCCAUUCAGCCAUCCUGUCCGGGUGCUCUGGUCAAAAUCAAUUUGGCGGUUAUCACCGCAAAUGGACUAAGGACUACCAUGCACUGACCUUGUUUGCCUUGGGUCAAUAUGAUUAGGACUGAUGACCGAAACCGAAAUGGAAUUGCAAGUGCAAUCACUCCACCACUGACCACCAAAACUAUAAAUGUCCAGGAUCCGUGGUGGUACGGACUCAAAACGGCAAUGAAAUCGUUACGGAUGAGUAAGGAUACCAGAGAGCAUAGCAGACAGCAGCUGGAUAAAAAUGGAUCUGGCUCGGAGGACGAUGAUGAGAAUACCAUUUGCAGUGGAGCGGCCAUCAAGAGGAGUGUGGUAUACUAUUUAAAGAACACUACACUUCAUGGAUUGAAAUAUAUUGCGGAGGAGAGUAUAACGAUUCCGGAACGCGUUUUCUUCGGGAUUGCCUUCCUUGUGGUGGUUAUCCUGUCCGGAUUCUUCAUCUCCAACGUCUACUCGAAGUGGAGCGCCUCCCCGAUCAUCAUCUCGACGAGUGCCAAGCAAAAGCUGACCAGCAACAUGCCCUUCCCAGCCAUCACCAUCUGUAAUCUAAACCAGGCGCUGUACAGCAAAGUGGAUAGCAUACCCAGGACUAGCACCAACUUCUCCCUGCUAAUGGGUCUGUGUGAUCAAGGUGCCGACACAAGUAUCUCGUACAUCGGCACCUGGAAGUACUUCAAAGCGAUCCUAGUGGAGGUGGCUCAGCCCUGCGAGAAGAUGCUUCUGUAUUGUAGCUUUGGUUCCCGGGAGGAGGAUUGUGCGUUGCUCUUCAACUCGAUCCUGACGGAUGAUGGCCUGUGCUGUAAUUUCAAUGCCCUGGAUCCGUCCUAUCUUAUCCGGAAUUAUAGUGAUGAUGUCCGUUGGGAGCCGGCUCAGCCGAAUAUGCGUUACGAGCCCAUCGAUUGGACGCCGGAGAAGGGUUAUGCCCGCAAACUGCCCGAUUUCUAUUAUCCACGUACGUCCGGUGGUACUGGUAUACGAAUGGGUCUCACCGUGGUCCUAAAUGCCUCUAUAGCGGAAUACUAUUGCACCAAGUCCAUGAGCGUGGGUUUCAAGGUAUUGGUCCACAAUCCCGCCGAAUUACCAAAAGUGAGCAAUUACGGAUUUGUGGUCACCGCCGGACGUGAAGCCCGGAUACCGAUUGAGCCCGUAUACGAAGAUGCUCUGCCUAGUAUUCGAUCCAUCAAGAAAUCGGUGCGUCGCUGCCUCUUUUCCGAUGAAAACGAAUUGGUGUAUUACCGGACCUAUUCCCGUAAAAAUUGUGAACUGGAAUGCGAGGCGAAGCUCCUGCUGCGCGAGUGCAGCUGUGUGUUGUAUUACCUGCCCCGGAUCGAUCCCAUGGCGCGGGUGUGCGGUCCGAACGAUAAUCUAUGUACGGAUCGGGUGCAAACGGAGAUCGAAUCCUCGCUGACGAAUCUAUCCUGCGAGAGCUGCUGGCCGGGAUGCUUUGAACUCACCUACAAGGCUACGCCGUCAACGGCGUCCAUUGUCACGGAUCCCCGAUUCAUGGCCGGUGAGAAUAUGCCGGACUAUCUCUUUCAUGGACCGUACAGCAAUGCCAGUGAGAUGUCCAUCUUGCACUUCUAUUACAUGACGAAUAUAUUUCGUAGCACCACCAAAUCGGAAAUGUUUGGCUUCACCGAAUUCCUAUCCAAUACCGGUGGUCUUUUGGGUCUCUUUAUGGGCUUUAGUAUCUUUUCCGUGAUUGAGAUCGUUUACUACAUCACUGUACGUCCGUAUUGCGCCUCCCGGACACUCAAGCAGCAGCAUAACCGCCGGCUGGAGCAGUUGGGCUGGUUGACCCCCAUCCGGCCACCGGUGCGCAAGUUCGUCCGUCGACAGCGCUGGGGCGGAUUGCCUCCGUCUUAUAGUGAGGUUUAUAAACGGAGUUUUAGUCGCAAAAAACUGGGAAAAGUGGAAAAACUGGAAAAACCGGAAGCCACAAGGUCGCAGAGGAAAAGUUUUUGGCAAACUCUGCAAGUUCGUCCUGCGGAUUUGAAAACGCCGGAAUAUCCCUACUUGGAGUAA